AUGUCCUUCCUGAGGAACUAUUUCGGUACCUCCGCUGUUCUAGCGAAGGACGAGAAGAAGCCUAUUCGUGCUCUACCCGCUUCCUGGUACACAUCCCAAAAUAUGUACGAGCUUGAACGACGAGCUAUUUUCUCGCGGAAGUGGCUUCUUACUACACACAAACACCGAGUCCCCAACACCGGUGACUGUGUCCGUUACGAUGCCGCAGGCUACGAGUUCAUUGUCACCAAAGACAACAAUGGAAAGAUCAACGCUUUCCACAGCAACGAUCUCUUUCCCGCCCAUGUGCACAUUGAUAGAAAUGGAUUUGUCUGGGUGAAUCUGGACAAUAGCGAUGUCCCCGAAGUUGCUUGGAAAGACGACUUCGACGGUGUCGAUGAGCAGCCCCGGUUCGAGCACUAUAACUUCGAAGAAUACGUCUUCGACCACACCUGGGAUAUGGAGGGCGAAUUCAACUGGAAGAUCCUGGCUGACAACUACAAUGAGUGCUACCACUGUCGAGUCGCUCACCCCGAUAUUCCUACCAUUGCAGAUCUCAACUCCUACUAUGUCCAGACUAAGGCUGGUCAUAUCCAACACUACGGCGCCCAACGACCUGAUCAGAUUGCGAAGGGCUUCCGCAUAGCAACUACCUAUUUCUGGCCUAAUGCCUCGUUCAAUAUCUCUCCCAAUUUCUUCUUUAUGCAGCGAUUUACUCCCACCAGCCCGACGCAAUGUGUAAUGCGCUACGAAGUUUACCGGCACAAGGAUGCCACCAACGAAGCCUUCAAUCUCAUCAGCGAUAUGUACAAGCGAAUCAUGUCCGAGGAUAAGCACCUGUGCGUGAACACGCAAAAGAACCUCAACGUUGGUGUCUUUGUCAAUGGCCAACUUCAUCCGGAGAUGGAGAAAGGUCCGCUUCACUUCCAGAAGACUGUGCGUGAGGUUGUGACAGAACACCAUGCCAAGGAGGAGGCUGCGGGUCAUCAAAUUUGGCCUGCAAAGCAUAGUCUUCCUGGGGACGUUGUUGUCAGCCAGGAUCAAGAUAAUAUCGCUCUCCAUGCGGGUGUGCACAGCUACGGUGCUGAGGUUGACACUUUCAAGAAUUCCAUGGGUACCGAUCUCUCCACGGUAACGGCAAUCGCUGUGUAG